CCCUCGCUCGGCAGACAUAAAAGCUGGCAGAGUGUACAGUCAGACACUCAGAGGGACUCGGCUCUCCUUUUGACAACUGCUCAACUUCUGUUCUCCUUUUCUCAGAGAGUUGAUAACCUUUACCACUGCAAACAUGAGCACCAGGAGGACACAAUCAGUCUAUGGUGGCAGCACCAGGAGGUCAUUUGCUCCAACUAGCAGCUACUCUGUAAAGCAAACCAGUUAUGGUUCUGCAGCUGGUGGUGGUGGUGGCAGUAGAGCUAGUUUUGGUUAUGGUAUGUCUUCAGGGGGUGGUGGAGGAAUGGGAAUGGGUGGUGGUUUUGGAGGGGGAAUGGGUGGUGGUAUGGGAAUGGGAAUGGGUGGUGGUGGUGGUUAUGGCUCCAGUUUUAGCCAAGGCGGCGGCGGCGGCGGCGGCGGCGGCUUCGGCUUCGCUCCGAUCACAGCUGUUACAACCAACCAGAGCCUGCUGGCCCCUCUGAACCUGGCAAUUGACCCAUCCAUCCAGGUUGUCCGCACCCAGGAGAAGGAGCAGAUCAAGACCCUCAACAACCGCUUCGCCUCCUUCAUCGACAAGGUCCGUUUCCUGGAGCAGCAGAACAAGAUGCUGGAGACCAAAUGGAGCCUCCUGCAGGACCAGACCACCACCCGCUCCAACAUCGAUGGCAUGUUCGAGGCUUACAUUGCCAACCUGCGCAGACAGCUCGACGGGCUGGGCAAUGAGAAGGUCAAGCUGGAGGGAGAGCUGAGGAACAUGCAGGGCCUGGUUGAGGACUUCAAGAAUAAAUAUGAAGAUGAAAUCAACAAACGUGCAGCUGCAGAGAACGAGUUUGUGCUCCUGAAGAAGGACGUUGAUGCUGCCUACAUGAACAAGGUGGAGCUGGAAGCCAGGGCUGAUGCUCUUCAGGAUGAGAUCAACUUCCUCAGGGCUGUCUAUGAGGCUGAGCUUCGUGAGCUGCAAGGCCAGAUCAAGGACACCUCCGUCAUCGUGGAGAUGGACAACAGCCGUACCCUGGAUAUGGAUUCUAUUGUUGCUGAAGUGCGUGCUCAGUAUGAGGACAUUGCCAACCGCAGCAAGAAUGAAGCAGAGACCUGGUACAAACAGAAGUAUGAGGAGAUGCAGUCCUCUGCUGGACAGUAUGGUGACGACCUGCGCACAACCAAGGCUGAGAUUUCUGAGCUGAACCGCAUGAUCGCCCGUCUUCAAAAUGAGAUUGAGUCUGUCAAGGGACAGAGGGCCAGCCUUGAGGCUCAGAUCGCAGAGGCUGAGGAGCGUGGUGAGCUGGCAGUGAAGGAUGCCAAGCUCCGCAUCAGGGACCUGGAGGAUGCUCUGCAGAGAGCCAAGCAGGACAUGGCCCGCCAGGUGCGCGAAUACCAGGAGCUGAUGAACGUCAAGCUGGCCCUGGACAUCGAAAUCGCCACCUACAGGAAACUGCUGGAAGGAGAGGAGUGCAGACUGAACAGCGGAGGCGCAAGCGCAACCAUCCACGUGCAGCAGACCUCUGGUGGAGUAUCCAGCAGCGGCGGCGGCGGUGGAUACAGCUCCGGCGGUGGAUACGGCUCCGGCGGUGGAUUCGGCUACGGUGGUGGCAGCAGCAUGUCUGGUGGUUAUGGUGGAAGUUUGUCGAGUGGUUAUGGUGGUGGUGGUACUAUUACCAAGUCCUCAUCCACAUCAAUCAGCAGCUCCAGGAGAAAUUAUUAAAAAGGAGAGCCGUCCCUCAUCCCCUCCAGAAGCUCUUAAAUUUGAUCUCAGUCUGAACCCAUUCAUGGUGCUAUGCAAUACUGUUAAGCAUGUUCAACAAGACAGCUGAAUAUAUUGUGUUACACUGCUACCAGUUUCAAAGAUCACUGGCAGCUUUUCUUACUGUUCUGUUUAACAUAAUUCAACAAGAGUUUCUGAAAGUAAACAUGGCCUUAAACACACAACGGCCAGGUCAGUUCUUUCUGCACUUACGUCCAACAAAUAAGGAAAAAAGGAAAAAACACAAAGGUUGUGAUGAAGUGUUAAAACUAAACAAGGAAAACAUUUGAAAACCUGUACUCAACCUUGUCAACUUGGAUGCCUUUUAUACUGUAGAGCAAUGAUGAACUACUCUGAAAUAAACACAUCUGAAUGCUGAUAUUAGUAAUGAGAGCAAGUCACUGACCACAUCUGAUCACUGGAGAAAUACAAAAGAAAUGUAAUUUCUGUGACUUUACAUGUUUACAGUUUCCCUUUGAACUGAUUGGCUACUGGCUUGUUCUUUUAACUGUUUUGUGAAAUGGUUCCAUGUUUAGUUUUACAUUUCCCUGCCUUCACGAUAAAACCACGCUGAAACCAGAUUUAUUUUGUCAAAACCUUCCUACCAACAUGACUGAUGAAUGUUGCAGCAAAUGAAUCUGAAAAAAAUAAAUCCGAGAACUAAAAUGA